CUCGCAAGCCCUACGCCUGCGCCCUACCCCUAAGCCCUUAUUUCUGCUCUUGGAAGUCAACGCCCUAUACAAAACGAUUUGACUGGUCCUAACAUGGUGAACACACGCGGCGUACGGCCGUCUAUCGAUGGGCAGGAUUCUUCUGAGCUUCCUCCAACUCCUGUUCCCAAGGAUGAGGGUCUCAAUGAUUUCACAGUGUCUCCGAAAAUGUCUCGGCCCCUCGACGAAGAUGACGGCGCCCUCUCUCCUCGAGCCUCCAAGAAGCCGCGCCUCGAGUCUGAAUCAGGAGACCUUUCACUUCCACCACACCCUCCAACACUCAUGGAUCAGGGUCCAGGCAAUCAAAUUGAGGAAGAAUUAGCUUCAGCCCUAGGCCCGAGUGUAGUCGACACAGUGGAGCGUCAAGAUAUCAAGCCUAGCCCCAUCGAAACACCUGUCGAAAGCGCGGGUGCACCAGAACCCAACCAGGACAUUGACACCGAUAUAGCCACAGUAAUCUCGAGCAUUAUGAACCAUGCUGAACGUGUUGAAGAACAGUGUGUCAUUGGGCAACAACAGUUAGCGGACACCUCUGGCCAGUCGGCCCCAAAAGGAAUGGUGUUUGUGAAAGCAAAUUCUCAUCUAAAGAUUCAAAGUUUGCCCAUCCUUGACAACCUGUCUACUCAAAUCCUGUCUUUGCUAGCAAAAUCUACUUACCAGGAUAUCACCUCGUUUGUCUCUGAACCAGAUUCCGAGAAUGGACAAGCAUAUGCCACCAUGCGAUCACUUUUCGACCACACAAAGAAGGUGUAUUCGACCAAGAAAUCGUUUCUCUCUGCUACCGAACUUGAGCUCGCAGAACCCUCUCAAGUCGACAUCAUCAGAAAGGCCAACCUCGCCUCCUUCGUCUCCAGUAUCUUUGGAACACAGGAGAUUGGGUUCUCCGAGCUGAAUGAUAAUUUUCUCGAUGUCUUUGUUCCAGAAGGGGGUCGUUUGCUCAAGGUACAAGGAGCUCUGUUCCUCGAGCUGAAAACGCAGGCGUUUAUUGCCUCGAUGAACAACACGGAACGAUCACGGACUGAGCUGCUGUACGAUUUAUUCCCCGAUGACUUGGAUAUGCGUCUACUUGAAAAGCGUCCAGGAACUCGUCAGCUCGCCCCGAGUGAAACUGAUUUUGUGAAUCGCGCUAAAUCACGCCGUGACAUUCUUCUUAACGACAUCAACAAUGAAGAAAUGAUGAAGGCCUUACCGGACAAGUAUCAUUGGGAAGAUUUUCUCAGAGAUCUAAGUUCGUAUGUCACAAAGAACUUUGAUACCAUCAGUAAUCAACAGGUUCGAAACCCCGAUUCCCUGAAUGAGAGCAGCUCACAUGCUGACCCAUUUCAGGCGAAGAAGAUAACCAAAGGACGGCAGCCAUCCUCUUCGAGCGGAGACACGCAAGAGCCAAACAAUGCACCCCUUCAAGGCCAAUUUCCGGUUGCCUCUCAGCCCCCUGACGUUCCUGUUGACAGAAAUAUGCACGGAGAUCUCGUUGCUCGCGCCGCUCGUGCAGCACAAAUUGCACUGCAGGGCCAUGGGCUGAGGCGUUCUCAACAGCAGUCACAGCAGUCACAGCAGCAGUUACAACAACAACACAGCCAUCAACAGCAACCUCAACAACCUCAACAACAAGCCCAACAGCAGCUACAACAUUCAAUUCAGCAGCCCACACAACCACAGCAGCAACAUGUACCUCAUCACACCGCCCAACAAGGUGCGCAAAUUUAUCAUGGCUAUGUUCCUGCGCAACCAAGUGGUCAGCUCCCACCCCAGCAGAACCCUCAUCAUCAACAGUAUCAGCCAAGUCCCACACCGCCAGGGUACCAACCACAGCCUACGCAACCUACCUUUCAGCAAGGACAAAUUCAAGCGAAUUUCCAACAAUAUAACCAUGGCACACCGAUGUCAAUGCCUGGAAGACCAAACUCUGCAGCCGCCAAUCAUGGUUACAUGCCUGGCAUCCCUCAUUAUUCUCAGUCCCAGCCGACUCAAGUCCUCUACGAGCGGGCUCGUAUGGCCGCAUCAGCAAAGUCAUCCCCAAGCAGCCGUAAGUCGGGCUUACCGAGCCAGCGUAGGCCGUGGACAACAGAAGAGGAGAAUGCACUGAUGGCUGGCCUUGAUCGUGUCAAGGGUCCCCACUGGAGUCAGAUUCUAGCCAUGUUUGGCCCUGGGGGUACCAUUAGCGAAGCACUGAAAGAUAGGAAUCAGGUUCAGCUCAAAGACAAGGCGCGCAACUUGAAACUAUUCUUCCUUAAGAGUGGAAUCGAAGUUCCCUACUACCUGAAAUUCGUUACCGGUGAAUUGAAAACCCGUGCACCCGCCCAGGCUGCUAAGCGUGAAGCACGAGAGCGGCAGAAGAAGCAGGGUGAAGAAGACAAAGCCCAUGUUGAAGGAAUUAAAGGUAUGAUGGCCUUAGCCGGCGCACAUCCUCAGCCAGUUGCUUUAGGACACGGCCAUGAUGGCAUGUCAGCAUCUCCCAGCUUGCCACCUGAUGCUGGCGCCCAUGCAACGUUCGAUCAAACCGCAGAGCAGAACUUGAUGCAAACUCUUGGUCAGGAAGUGCAUGGAGAUCAGUUUGGACAGCACCAGCAUCAUCAGCAUCAUCAGCACCAACACCAGCAUCACCAGCAUCACCAGCAUCAUCAGGAUCCUGUUGAUCCAAACAUGCACCUUGCGCAGUAGCUUGAAUCCCCUUCCCCUUUGUUUCUCGAUCUUGAAAAUUUCUUUCCUCCAUUUGUCGUCCGCACACAGUCCUUUUUCCAUCUUUUUUCUUUCUUUUUCUGUAACUGUAUGCGACGAAAAGUCUGUUCUGCUUUUCGAAUAUUGUUCUUGCCUUGGUGGGGAGAUUACUAGCGGGUUGGCUUUCACAAUAUGGGAUCGAUAUGGGAUAUUCUGUAACAGUAAACAGGUGAUUUACGAUUAGGCAGAGGCGAUUGGAAUCAUGGAUGUACUUUUAUGAAAUAAUAGCAAAGAACAAUGUUACAUGAAUUAGUUAAAUUCUACG